CACCUGGUGAUGGUGCUGGGGAACCUGCUCAUCGUGACCCUCGUCUGGGUGGAUGCCCACCUGCAGUCCCCCAUGUAUUUAUUCCUGGGCCACCUACCCUUUCUGGACAUCUGCUGCUCCUCUGUCACCCUCCCUAAGAUCCGUGGAGACUCCUUCGCACCGCAGAAGACCAUCUACUUUGUGGGCUGCAUCACGCAGAUCUACUUCUUCCUUUGCUUUGGGGGCUCCGAGUGCAUGCUCCUGGCUGCCGUGGCCUACGAUCGGUACCUGGCCAUCUGCCACCCCCUCCACUACCUGGCACGCAUGAGCAAGGAGAUGUGCCACUGCUUAGUGGCCAUUCUGUGGCUGAGCGGCUCCCUCUCGCCUCUGAUCCAGUCCUUCCUCACAACUUGCUUGCCCUUCUGCAGGUCCAGCAUGAUCGACCACUUGUUCUGCGAGAUGCCCUUCUCACUGUCCUGCAGCCCUAAUGCUCCCCUCAACAAGGCUGCCUUGCAUGCUUUGGCUGGGACGAUCGGGAUGAGCUCUUUCCUCCUUAUUCUCAUGUUGUACGUUCACAUCAUCAGGGCUGUCCUCCAGAAGGGAGCAGGGACGCAGACGGCCUUUGCCACCCGCACCUCCCACCUGACCGUGGUGGCCCUGUUCUUCAGCGCUGGGGCCGUUGCGUACCUGGUGCCUCACUCCAGCGGCUCCAGGGAGGUGGACGAGGUCCUUGCCCUGCUGUAUGCCAUUGUGACCCCCACGCUCAGCCCCAUCAUCUACAGCUUGAGAAACAGUGAGGUCAAAGGGGCCAUCAGGAAAGCCCUGUGCAGGGCGCUGUUACAGAUGUUCACCAAGGGUGCAGGCAUCGCUGCUGAGCGACCCCCACCCUCCCCAUGGCAGGGAUGUGUCAUGACACACAAGAAGGGGUCUGGGGCUCCCGGUCAAGCGGUGCCGCAGGGUGCUGGUGGGGGCACAGCCGGCAGCUCCUUGCUCUCCCUCACCAAUGCAUCCAAUGCUCAGACCCGUUAUUAG